AUGGAGGAAUCGGAUGAAUAUAUACAAACACCGCAGUAUUUUAGAUGCUGUGGAAUUGAGGGAGAAACAUCCAAAUUGUAUACCAAUGCCUUGAUGUCUACAAUCGAUGGGGAAAAUAAGGAUGAAGAUGGAUUUCUUCACAUCACCUUCAGUGGUGAAGGGAGAGUCUGUGGAUCCAAUGAAGAGCAAGAAUGCUCUGUGUCAAUGAUCUGA